AUGUCGACAUCAUCAGAUAAUAACACUCAAAAUGAUUACGUCGCAACGACUGAGGAGAUGUUAACCAAAAUAAUCACUUCUUCCGACAUAGAAUUGAUUACGUAUAAUAACACUCAAAAUGAUUACGUCGCAACGACCGAGGAGAUGUUAACCAAAAUAAUCACUUCUUCCGACAUAGAAUUGAUUACGUAUCUUUCGAAAUUAUUAAUCGACACAGGUCGCAUUGAAUACGACCCAAAAAUUGUGCAAAUUUUUGAAAAUUAUUUUACAGAUUCGGGAAUACAAUCAAGUCACGCAUUCUCUAUAUUGUCCAAAAGUUCAUCAAUUCCACGCUAUGCCACUCUGCUUGGAUUUUUUUAUCAAUACGGGAUUGGGACGACACAAAACGAAGAACUCGCAUUCCAGUAUUACCAAUCAGCUGCAGACAAAGGCGAUUCUUUUUCAAUGAUACAAGUUGGCUGGUAUUACGACAAUGCCUCCGGGAAUCCAGUCAGGCGAGAUGCGAAAAAAGCUUUAGAAUACUACAAGAAAUCUGUGGAAACUGGAAAUCAUCCGCAAGCGCUUUGUCAUUUAGCCUAUCAUGAGCAGAAUGAACGGAAAAUGUUUUUGAUGUAUGAAGAAGCAGCGAUUGGUGGUUUUAGAGAUGCACAGAGGCAAGUUAUUGCGAGCUAUCGAUAUGGAAGUGGAAUUGAGAAGGAUUUGCAUAAGGCUUUUCGGCUGCUUUGGAAGAGAAUCAAAGAAAAGUCAAAAUGGAAUUUCAACGAAUUGGAAUAUUUGAAAUUAUUUUGUUUAGGUGGACUUAUGUAA